ACCAUACGCCACUCACGUCACAACUACUAUAUAGCAAGCAAAUAUACAAGUCAGCCUUGUAAGUAUAACCGAGCUAUAGUAAUCAUUACCACCUGACUGUUUCACAAGUCGUACACAACUGUCCUCCCACCAGCCAUUCGCUCAUUUUUUUUUUACCCCUUUUUUUUUUUACAACACUUUUACAACAUUACACCUGUUUCAUAGAUUAAUACAUUCGCUAAUAGAAUAUGCAAGACAAACACUAUACUAAAGACAUCCCCAAUGCUCCCCCUGACGAUAGACCCAAGGAGGUCCUUGCCGACUUGGAAUACGGUAAGUUGACUUCCCAUGACUACUUGUACGUUUCCAAACAUCCCGUAGGUGAACCGUUGCCCAUGCCGAUCGACGAUGAACCACCAUACAUUAUCUACAUCGCCACAUAUAUAAGUUACUUAAUCCUUAUUAUAAUUGGUCAUAUUCGAGAUUUCUUUGGUAAGAUCUUUAAACCUAAGGAGUACGAAGAUUUGAUUGAAAAGAAUGGAUAUGCUCCUUGGUAUGACGGGUUUGAAAGUUUCUAUGUUCGUCGUUUAAAGACUAGAAUUGAUGAUUGUUUCGCAAGACCUAUCCAUGGUGCUCCUGGUAGAUAUAUCAAGUGUUUUAAUAGGAUUAGAGAGGGGAAAACGGGAUACCUCUACGAUGGUACCUCCAAAGAAUGUCUCAAUUUGUCGUCAUACAAUUACCUUGGAUUCGCACAAUCCUCCGGUGUUUGUACUGAUUAUGCUUUGAAAAUUACUGAAGAAUACGGUACUUCUGGUUGUUCGCCAAGAACUUAUUGUGGAACCACUGAUUUACAUAAACGUUGUGAAAAGAUUAUUGCCGAUUUUGCCGGUAAGGAAGACGCGAUUAUUGUCUCUCAAGGUUACGGAACCAAUGCCAAUUUAUUUGCCUCGUUGGCUGAUUCAAAGACCUUGGUGAUUAGUGAUGAAUUGAAUCAUGCUUCUAUUCGUUUUGGUAUUAGAUUGUCAGGUGCAUUAGUCAAGGUGUUCAAACAUAAUGACAUGAAUGAUUUGGAAAAGUUGCUUCGUAAUCAAAUUUCUCAAGGUCAACCUAAAACCCACAGACCUUGGAAAAAAAUCAUUAUUGCUGUGGAAGGAUUGUAUUCUAUGGAAGGUAACAUGUGUAAUUUACCCAAGCUUGUUGAAUUGAAGGAAAAGUACAAGUGUUAUUUGUUUGUUGAUGAAGCUCAUUCUAUUGGUGCCUUGGGUCCUGAAGGUAGAGGUGUUUGUGAUUAUUUCUCGAUUGACCCUGCCAGAAUAGAUUUAUUAAUGGGAACAUUCACCAAGUCCUUUGGGGCUACCGGUGGGUACAUUGCUGCUGACAAGGCCAUUAUUGAAAAAUUGAGAAUCAACUAUAUUACCCAAUCAUAUUCUGAGGUCGUCCCCCCUCCAGUGUUGGCUCAAAUCAUUUCCUCAUUGAAGAUCAUCAAGGGAGAAUUGAACCCAGGAGAAGGACAAGAAAGAUUACAAAGAAUUGCAUUCAACUCCCGUUAUCUUAGACUUGGAUUAAAGAAAUUAGGAUUUAUUGUUUAUGGAGCUGAUGAUUCUCCAGUUAUCCCUGUGUUAUUGUUCUUACCAGCCAAAAUGCCUGCCGUUUCCAGAAUGCUUUAUGAGAUGGGUAUCGCAGUUGUCAUUGUUAGUUACCCAGCCACUCCAUUAAUCAGUGCCCGUGCCAGAUUAUGUGUCAGUUCCGCCUUGACUAAGGAAGAUUUAGACUAUGUCUUGACUAAAUUUAACGAAAUUGGUGAUUUAAUUUUCUUGAAGUUUAGUAGUGGUAUUGCUGGGGGUAGUAAGGAAAAGGGUGUUCCUCCCAGAUGGUCGAUUGAAGAUGUGUUGGCUACUAAUGUUGAAGAUUGUAAAAAGCCAAAGUUGAUGUAAAAGCUUAAGCACCAUUCUUAAUAAUUAAAACUCUUGUAUAGGUGCGUAUAAUAAAUAUAGAAUCUGACUUUUUUUUUUAUUAUUUUUUUUUUU